AUUGGUUGACGGCCUGCGCGCUCCCGUCGGUCUCCUCCCUGGUUUUCUUGGCAUGACCUUUUCCCUUGGCAACCACUUCCUUCCUCAGAGCAUCCAACGGCCAUCUUUAAUCACAACUGGCCCACCGAAAAGUUCUUUUCUCACGUGUAAACACGGCGGAGCGGCUCGUUUGGCGGCACCGAGGACGAGGCGUGCGGGUUACUACUGUCCGGACACGACCCUCAGCCCCACCUCCCGAACCGAAGGACCGAAGCGGGGCUGUCGCCUUUAUAGCACAAUAACGAAGGAUGAGGAAGAAACAGACGGCCAAGCAGAGGAAGACAGAGGAUUCUUGUAACGUGCAGGAGUUUGUGGUUGAGAAGAUCACUCGUCGUAGGAUCUUCAAUGGAAGAGUAGAGUACUUCCUAAAGUGGAAAGGCUUCACUGAUGCAGACAACACGUGGGAGCCCGAGGACAACCUGGACUGCCCGGAGCUAAUUGAGGAGUAUCUGAGAAAUAACCCCUUGAACGAGAAUGAGAAUGAGGAAGUGAAGCAGGAGUUCGUUCCGAAAGAAGAAAUGACGGAGGGGACAGAAAUAUCCCCACCACAGAUACACACUCAGCCCUGCGGCGAUGAUCCAGAUUCGCCCGCAGACUUGGCCGCUUACCCCGAGCUAGAAUGCAUCAUCGGCUCCGCAGACAGACGGGGCGAGCUCAUGUUUUUAGUCAAAUGGAAGAACUCUGGCGACGUGGCCCUGCUGCCGGCUCACGAGGCAAGCACCAGGUGCCCUCAGGCAGUCAUCGACUUCUACGAGCAGAAGCUAACGUGGCACUGCGGCGAUGACGAGCAGUGACGCGCGCCAAAACAGGUCGAGGUGAACCUACGCUGUGAAGCUUUGAAGUUUCGUUUUACCUCUCCCGAGCGGCGUCGCUCAGCUGACCUCAAGCACAUAACGGCGAGCGUGCACGCCAUGUGGUAGACACUAAACGCUGCCUUUUUUCUGCAGCCAAUUAAACUGUAGCCUCUUCUUGUGUUAUCAUGUAGCACACCCCAUCACUGUGGACUGUAUCUUUUUUUAAGGAGUGAUUUCAUAUUUCUGCUCUUUAUUUUUGUUUUCCAGUGUGUGUUGUAGCACAUUUUAGCAUGAGGCAGUGAACUGACACCCUUGCACAAAAUCUUCAGUUAAGUGUGCCAGAAGGAAUUAUGUAUUGCUCAAGAGCUAGAGGCAGUGUAAACCUAAGCCCUGUCAUAUGUGACAUGAAAUACAUAUCAUGUAGUUUUGAGUGUUUAAAGCAAACGGUAGUUGAGUAGAUAUUUUUAACACCAGAUACCACCUCAAAAAUACGAAGCUCUUUAAGUACCACUAUAUCGGCCAACAUUAAAAUACAGUAGCAUAGUAGGCCCGAGUGUUCCUCAAAAACAAAAUUAUUGUAACCCACUGCAACAUUAUGGCCAGUUUCUAAAUGAACAUGGUGCUUAAAUAAAGGAGAGAAAAUACUACUGGAAUAAUGAAUCAAUAAAAAUGUAUUCCACGCAAAGGUUCAAUAAAAAUUGCAGCUAAAUGCUUGAAAACAAACAGGUGUAAAAGAUUCAAUUCCAGUAUUUUGUGCGUAAAAAUUAAAUACAACCGAACUGUACUUAACAAAUAUACCGUACUGGAUUAAAAUAAAAAAGUUGAAGCCACUGAAACAUUCACACUUUGAACAGUUAAUUCAGUGAUUCUAUCAUGUAACACUCAUGGGAGGCUGUCUGCCACUUAAGGUACUCUUCCUCCAGUUUGCGAAUACUUGAUUCUUGACUAGCAGAGGCACCAUUGAUAACACCUCAAAACAAUGAUGUGACAUCAGCUGUAGGAAGGUGUGGUCGUCUCCAAGUUGCAGCCAUGUACUUCAUACAACAAAAAACAAAUAAUCAGUAUCUUAAUUGUCUGCACAGAAUAUAGUCAGAUUCCAGGUUUUCCUAUUUAAAUGUCAUCUGUCAUACAUGUGCACCCCCCACCUCAUCACUCCCCAAAAAUGUUAAACAGAACAACAAAAAAUUGACAAUUUCGCCCUUGACUCGACACUUUUUUUGGUCAUAUUUUUGUUUAUUUUAUUGCAGUGUGUGUUUUGUUUUGUGUGAAGAGAUAUUUUGUCCAUUGUGAUGCUCAUUUGCUAAGUAACUAAAGCUUUUAAAUAAAUGUAGCGAGGUCGAGGCUUUAGUGAAUGAAACUACUCUUUGUGCAGUGAGGGGGGGGCGGUUGGUGCAAAGUUCUUGAUUAAAUGUACUUGAUUGUUUUUCUAAUUUCCCUGUCUUGCUGUGUCCUUGUAAAAUGUAUUUUGUGGCUGAAACUGUUGCCCAGCAUAUUUCCAAUUAGCUGCUUCAUGCCAAAUAUUCCCCCCCCCCCCCUUUUUUUUGUAAAGACAUUGACUUUUGUUAAUCCAAACAGGUGCUAUUCACCACAGAGAUAAGCAAAAAAGAAAAUGGUCGCCAUUCUGCCCUUAAAGUGUUGUGCACAAUUUUUGCACACAGUCUCAAAAAAAAAAAAGUUCAAUGUAGCACUUUAGAUGAGCAGUGGGAAGUCAUCGGUCAGUUUUUCCUCACGUGCAAGGGACGUAUCCUGUUAUGGCACGCUCGACUUAACCUUACACUUCCUCAUAAAACACACCUACUUUACUACUGAGCGGUUUUUACUGUGUGUGAGUGUACUGUAGACACUGUAGGUCUGUCACCUGGCUGCAAAUAAAAGAAUCAUUGUGUGACCUUUA